AUGCCUAGUUCCAGAAAAGUCUGUUUCUCAGAGCAUAAACUCCAAAGUCCAGAAAAGAAAACGGUAGAUAUCACGACCCUUCCCUCAAGCGAAAAUAAGCCGGUGUUUUUAGAUCUUGAUCCUGAUGGUAUAUGUGAAUCUCCUACGGAAUUGCAGCCUGGGGAGAGAAUCGAAGGUAGAUUUUUGACCGUGAAGUCUACGAAUGAGCGAGAGAUGUCGGCUGGGGAAGGACCUGAGAAUAUAGCGGCUAUCGAAACUCCAGUAACAAAAAUAAACAAAUAGGAUAUCAAGCUUGUAACCCUUCAGCCGCCAGGUCCAGUUUCUGCAGGAUAUUCUAUUAAACCAAAAUCUCGUGAGAGAAACGAAGGGUGUAAAAGUAUGGUGAGGCAGCUUAGGAAUAUUGGAAAGGAGAAUGAUAAUGAUCCUGCAAUGAAUGUGGGCAAUGAGAAAACUAGUAGGGGAAUUGACGAUACAGAAGUUGGAAAAGGUAGGAAGGAGUCAGAGUAA